AUGGUCUCCUUCAAGCAACUUUCUGUUCCCGCUGUUGUCUUGCUCGGCCUUGCUGAGCGAGCUGCGGCAGCUCCUUACCCUGCCAUGGCCGACAUCGAAGUUCGUGAUGCCAGCGGACCUCUCGACUCCGUGAGCCUCGACCUUCUCGCCCGAGCCCUGUAUGAAGAUGAGUCCAAUGCCGAACUUGUCGCCCGAGCUCUGCACGACCAGGACAUGGACCUCGACCUCGUCGUCCGAGCCAUGUUUGACGAGAGCAUCGACCUUGAGACCCGAGCCGGCAUCCUCAGCGCCCUCAAGGCAGUGCCCAAAGCUUUCAAGGGCAUCUCCAAAAUCAAGAAUGUCCUUCCCGGGUCCAAGACGCUUAAGAAGGCGGUUACUGCUGGCGUGAAGGCCAAGAACAGCGUCAAGAAGGUGGCCAGCAAGGUCGCCAACAGCAAGCACAAGGGAAAGACUUUUGAUCGUGUUCUCUCCACUACCAACACUGCCAUGGCUAUUGCCAACACGAAGAAGACCCUCUCGCCCUCCAAGAAGAAGGCUGAGCCUAAGAAGAAGGCCGCUCCCAAGAAGAAGGCUGCCCCCAAGAAGGCUGCCCCCAAGAAGGCCGCUCCUAAGAAGGCCGCUCCUAAGAAGGCUGCGGCGAAGAAGGCUGCUCCCAAGAAGGCUGCAGGCAAGAAGGGCAAGAAAUAA